AAAUCCACCACGCUCUUAGAAUGUCCUGAUGUUCGUCGUUGCAGAAGCAGUGAACUAAACACAGUGGACACAGAGGGCAAAUUUAAUAGACUCCCCGUCCUCGUUGGAUUAUAUUCUGGGAAUUGACAUGGCAAAAGGGAAGACGAAUGUGCUGAGAACUGAGGACACUGAACACAAACUCACCUCACGGAAGGAGACAAAGGAAAACAAACCAGCAACUAACAAGGAUUCUGUAGGUAAAGUGCAGCCAGCUUUCCAGAGUGUACGUAAUCCAAGCAAACCAAGAUCCCCUCUGAGCGACAGUUCGAGCAUGCUGAUCCAGGAAGGAAAUGACUCUGAUGGAACUAAUUCUGAUACGUCAAAGAUGAAAAAAGACAUAUCUAAUGAAAUCAAAUCUGAGAGCUGUGAGUCCAAAGAGCAGAAGCCUGAAAUGGCUUGUCACAGUCAUGGGUCGAGAGAACAAGCCGCUGACCAACUUGAGCAAAAAGGGUCCACGGCACACACCAACGUCAGGUCUGCAGUAGACAGCAAAGUUUCAGCAUCCAAAAGUCGGAGCAGAACUGGUCGCAAACUCAGAGCAAAAAAGACAGAGAAUAAAGCUCCCCAAAACAGAAAGGUCACAGACUAUUAUCCCAUCAGACGGAGUAACAGAAAAACUAAGGCAGAGUUAAAGAACGAAGAACACCGACACAUUGAUGACGUGAUAAAGAAUGGUAUUGAAGAGGGACUGCAGGUCAAACACAUAGAAGGAAAAGGAAGAGGGGUAUUUGCUGUCAAGGACUUCAAAAAGGGAGACUUUAUCGUGGAGUACCACGGAGAUCUACUGGAACUGGCUGAGGCUAAAAUAAGAGAGGCCAAGUAUGCUCAGGAUCCCCAAACAGGCUGUUACAUGUACUACUUCCAGUAUCAAUCUAAAACAUACUGUGUGGACGCUACAAAGGAAACAAGCCGUCUUGGAAGACUGAUCAAUCACAGUAAAACUGGCAACUGUCAGACUAAGCUUCACCCCAUUGAUGGAACCCCUCAUCUGAUCUUGGUGGCUUCCAGAGACAUCACAGCGGAGGAGGAGCUGCUGUAUGACUACGGUGAUCGGAGUAAAGCGUCAAUCUUGGCUCACCCUUGGCUCAAAUACUGAGUCCACAACUAAUAGUGUUCAGAUUUCCUAUGAAUUGGUGCUCUCUACUGUCCUGUUCAUCUUUAUAUAAAAGAUGCUAUAGAUGAGCAGCCCUCAGCAAUGUUUUAUACAUAUAACAAUAUUUUUAUUUUAAAUGCCUGCUAAAGCUUCAACUCACAAAGAGUAUGUUUUUGCAAGUUGUUUUUAUCAUGAUUUUAUACUUCUUCUUUUUUUUUUUUUAAAUCUAACUCUGGAAGAUUGAUGCCAUCUUGAGGAGUAGUUCUGGAUAAGAAGCGUUUCACAUUGUACAUGGGGUUUCCUUUUGUAAUGAAUAUAUUGACAGUUCAAUUUCACAAUUGUAAAUUAUUGCCUGUGCUGUAAAUUAAGGAAUAAAACACUUGAG